ACUGGUCAAACAAGAUGGCUUACUAGUUAAUACAACAAAUCGACUUAGUGCAGGACGGUCGUCUGCAAGAGCGUCAAGCUAACUUAAAUACAUUUGCGUCCAAGAUGGUGCUCACUCUGUACAAGUUAGACGCCAGUCCGCCGGUACGAGCAGUUAAGAUGGUAAUUGCGGCCAUCAACCUACCUGAUGUGGAGUAUGUUGACGUCAAUUUGCUACAAGGCGAUCAUCUCAAAGAAGAUUAUAUCAAGAUCAAUCCACAACAUACGGUUCCAACAUUGGCUGAUGAUGACUUCGUUAUUUGGGAUAGCCAUGUGAUUGCUACCUACCUUAUAAACAUGUACGCUGACAACGACUCUUUGUACCCAUCGGAUCCAAAGACACGAGCUCUUAUCGACCAAAGAAUGCAUUUUGAUUGUAGCAUUCUGUUCCCACCUAUACGCGAAGCAGUAGGCCCAGUUAUUUUCGGAAACGACAAAGCAUUCCAGCCUGAAGUGCUGCAUAAAAUCCAAAGUGGCUAUGAGUUCACCGAAAAGUUCCUCACAGGGGAGUGGCUGGCCGGUGACGACUUGUCAGUAGCAGACAUCUGCUGUGUCGCCACUAUCAGCACAUCGAACGAAAUUUUACCUAUUGACGAAACUUUGUUCCCAAAACUCGCCGAAUGGAUGAAGCGUUGCUCAGAACUGGAAAUAUAUAAAAAUGAAAACGAACCCGGGUUAAAUAUUUUCAGUCAAAUACUGAAGAGUAAAUUGGCCUAGAUUUAAAUUAAUGAAAUGCAAAGUUGAGACAAAAAUAUAUAAAUACACGAACACAUAAGGUAUGGUGGAAGACUAUCACCGGGACAAGACAAACACUUGUAUGGAAUCUUCAUACUGUUUGUCUUGCACCGAGCAAAAUAAACUAUGUUCGUCUUACCCCACCUUACCUUAAUGAAGGAUUUUUUUUUAUACUACGUCGGUGGCAAACAAGCAUUCGGCCUGCCUGAUGGUAAGCAAUAUCCGUAGCCUAUGUACGCCUGUAAUUCCAGAGGAGUUACAUGCGCGUUGCCGACCCUAUUCAAUUUAAACGCAUUUGUGAAAAGAAAUUCAAUUGCUCUAGCUAGGAUUUACAACACGCUAUGUAUUUAAUGUUAAAAAACGUUAUAAUAUAAAGAUGUGCACUAUAGACAUAGAUGUGAGAAUUCGUAGUAAAAUAUCAUUAUUUAGUUAAGCUAAAUAAGUACCUAUGCAAAUAUGUUGCAAGAUAAACAUGGUAUAUUGGUACAAGUAAUAAAGUUAAGUUAUAGUAA